CUAGUACACAAGAAGGGAACAAACUCCAGAGACCUUGAGAGAACAAACAAUGGCGGACUUCGCGCUUGGGUUGACCAAGACGGCGGUGGAGGGGACGCUGAGCAGAGUCCAAUUGGCGAUCGAUGAAGAGAACAAGCUGAGGGUGACGGCGAAGCAAGACCUGCGGUACAUCACAGGCGAGUUCCAGAUGAUGCAGUCCUUUCUCAAGGUUGCCAACAAGGAGCGCGCCAAUAAUGAAGUGGUGAAGACCUGGGUGAGGCAGCUCCGAGACCUUGCCUUCGAUGUCGAAGACUGUGUUGAGUUUGUUGUCCACCUGGACAACAACUCGGCCUUGAUCUGGUUGUGGCGCCUGGUACCAUCCUGCAUGGCACCACCUCGGACUCGGGAGCUGGACAGGGCAGUCGCUGAGUUAAAGCAGCUGAAGGCAAGGGUUGAGGAGGUAAGCCAGAGGAACACACGCUACAACCUCAUUAGUGACUCCGGCUCCCAUGCCAAGACCGCCACACCGACCGAGCAGCUGGCUGCCCUGGCCACCACCAACCCAUCAGCAUUCCACAUGCUAACUGAGGUCUGGGAGGCUGCUGGGAGGCGACGCGGCAUGAGCGACCUACAGAAGUUGAUCCUAGGUGAAGGCAGUGACCUUCAAAUGAUCUCCGUAUGGGGAAGUACGGCAGCUGAUCUUGGGACAACGUCCAUUUUCAGCAUGCUGUAUAGUGACCCAGAUAUUUGCCGAGCAUUCAGAAGACGUGCAUGGGUGAAGUUGAUGCAUCCUUUUAAACCUGACGAGUUCCUCAAGAGUUUGCUGACUCAGUUCUACGUGAGAUCUCACCAAGAAAACAUAGAUGUAGAUCAUCUCACGAAGGCUGAGCUCAUGCAACAAGUGAAGGUGCACAAGUAUCUCAUCAUUCUAGAAGAAGUAUCUGGUGUGGCGGACUGGGAUGCCAUCCGAGAGUACCUGCCGGACAAUGAGAAUGGCAGCCGAAUCAUCGUGUCCACAAAGCAAUUAAGGAAUGCACUCUUGUGCACAGGGGGUGGGGAGUACCAAGUUUCAGAGCUCAGGAGAUUCUCUGACGAUCGAUCUCUUUGUGCCUUCUCCAAGAAGGCAGGGCGUCACAGUGGUAUGCACGAUCUUAUUUGGCAAAUAAGGUGUCGUGGUGUGAUUUCACUAUGGGGGAUUAGCGAUGCCAAAUCAUCACUCAUCAAUAAAGUGUACACCAGCAUAGUGUAUAAGAGUAAACAAUUCGAUGGAGUUGAAUUUCAACGACACAGCUGGGUCGACGUGCCCGCUCCUUUCAAUUUGGAGGUCUUCUCUCGGCGCUUACUUGUAAGUUUCCGCUCAGAAGAUCUUCAAACCGAAGAAAUUGCAAUGGUUGGUAUGAUGGAAGAGCCAGGCCUAACUCAAGAGUGUUGCAAGUUUCUGCAUGAAGACGAUUGCCUCGUUGUUAUUAAUGAUCUGCAGUCCACACAUGACUGGGACUUGAUAAAAACUGCUUUCUUGUCCGAGCCUAUUAAAGGAUGUAUUCUUAUCAUUACAAAUGAAUCAAGCGUUGCCAGACAUUGCGUAGAGGAGGAAGAUGGGGUUCUCAACAUCGAAGAUUUGAAAGCCCAUACUAUGCUUCGCCCCUUGAUAAAGGAUUGCCAAAACUAUGGAAUUAGAUGGAAGGAGGCUACUCACAGGGGUCGCCUUUUCUCCAUCAGAUUGGGGGAGACACGUGAAUGGUUCACAAAAUUUGGACACAUGUAUUGGGAAGAAGCGAGGGACCUUCGGUUUCUUUUACACAAUCCUGGUGUGAUCUCGUUGUGGGGACCUGCUGGUGCUGGGUUAUCAACUCUUGUUAGAAUCUUGUACUAUAAGGUAAUGCUUAGGUCUGAUGCUUCUUGGGAGUGGGAAUAUCAUCAAGAGAGGCCAGUUAGCUGGGAAGAGAAAAUUACAAUGUUUAGCUGGGUUGAUGUGCCCCAUCCUUUCAAUUUAAAAGACUUCUGUUGGCGCUUGUUACUGGAUUUUCGUUCAGAUGAUCUUCGAGCCAAGAAAAUUGCUGCAGUUGGUAUAAUGGAAGGCGAAGACCCAAUUCAACAGUGUUCUAAGAUUCUGCGUGAAGACGAAUGUGUCGUCGUUAUUGAUGGUCUACGGUCCACCGAUGAUUGGGAUUUGAUAAAAGCUGCCGUAUUACCUGACCCAAUUACCAGCCAUAUUAUUGUCAUUGCAAAUGCUGCAAGUGUUGCCACACAUUGCGUAGAUAAGGAAGAUCGAGUGAUCAAGAUAAAUUGUCUAGAAGCUGGUAUGGCCAUUGGUCCCCCGAUAAAGGGUUGUAUAUUCUCCAACAGGAGAGCAGAGGCACGUGCCUUGGUCAACACAUUUGCACUUCUUGGGCAUCAGAAUCUAUCAGCUGAUCUGCUUCGCAGCAGUUUAGAUUCCUCAGGUCCUAGUGUGUCCUCAUUGUGGGGAAUUUCUGGUGUGGGGAAAUCAGCCGUGGUCAGAAGUCUGUACUGCCACCUGUUGCUUGGACUGGAUCAAUAUUUCAAGUUUGGCAGCGGACACAACCUCACUAGUCCCCAAACGGAAUUUACCAUGUGCAGCUGGGUAGACGUGCGUCAUCCAUUUAAUUUGAUAGAUUUCUCUUGCCAUUUGCUCCUGGAUUUUCACUCAGAUAAUCUUCAAGCUAAGGAAAAGGCAGCAAUUGGUAUCAUGGAAGGGCAAGAUCCAGUUCAAGAGUGUUGUAGAAUUCUGUGUGAGUACAGAAGUCUCAUUGUUAUCGAUGGAUUACGGUCCACGGAGGAUUGGGACUUGAUAAAAGCCUCCUUCUUACCCAAUCCUACGAAUGCAUGUAUCAUUGUAAUUACAAAUGAAGCAAGCGUCGCUACACAUUGUGUAGAUAAGGAAGAUCGUCGAGUGGUCAAUGUAAGUCUUGAAGCUGACAUGGCGCUCAUUCUCUUCAAAAAGAUCACAAAGGAUGGGAUAGAAUUGACUCCUGACGAGAUGGAGCUCUCCAAAGUUACCGUAGGCAGAUGUGGUGGGAUUCCUAAAGUUAUUGCUACUAUAGGCCACCUCUUCACCAAAGAGAAUGCCGCUGGAAGGCGCUGGUCUGUAUCGGCCACAGAUUUGUUGAAGGAGAUAAAUGAUGACUUUAUGCACAAGUUGGAGACCGAUCAAGAAUUUCACAGUUUAAGGGAUCUAUUCUCUUGGAUGCAGUCCUACUUUGAUGGUUGCUCAGAUUCCCUCAAGCCAUGUAUUUUCUAUCUCUCAAUCUUCCCUCCAGAGCAGAAGCUAAGGCAGAGGCAUUUGUUGAGGCGGUGGAUUGCUGAGGGUUAUUGCAGGGACACGUAUAAUGCUACUGCAGAGGAGAAUGGGGAGAGAUUGUUCAUGGAACUCGUUAGUUUGAGCAUAAUCCAACGAUGUCAGAAGACAAUGAAGUGCCUAUACCAAGUCAAUGGUUUCUUUCAUGAAUACAUCAUUUCACGGCGAAUGGAAGACAACCUCGUCUUUGCACUAGAGGGGAAUUGCAGCCCGAACUCGCAACAUGCAGGUCAACACCUCACCAUAAGGGAGGACUGGGACAGGGACAUCACAGUGUUUAAGACCAUGGACUUCUCACGUCUACGGUCCUUGACUGUGUUUGGAAAGUGGAUGUCAUUCUUCCUCUCCUCUGACAUGAGUCUACUUCGGGUGUUAGAUAUGGCGGAUACAUCAGGUAUACUAGAUGCCGACCUUGAGCAGAUCGUGAAGGUGCUACCUCGUCUUAAGUUUCUCUCUCUGCGAGGAUGCAAAGGGAUAAGCCAUCUACCAGAAUCAUUCGGUGGCCUGAGGCAGCUGCAAACGUUGGAUGUCAGAGACACCUCAAUUGCCAUGCUACCGUUGUGUGUCAUCAAGCUACAGAAGUUGCAAUACAUUCGUGCUGGCACCAUCAUAUCAUCUGAUGAAGGCGAUGACGCUCUUGCAAGUAUACCAACAACAACAGUAGACCAGACAUCAAGACCAUUGGAGAGCAGUGAUGACAUGGUCACAACACUACCGGAAACAACAGAGGAGGUUCAGACAUCAACACCACCAGAGGCCAGUGAUGACGUGGUCACAACUCUACCGAAAACUACGGAGGAGAUUCAGACAUCAACACUACCAGAAACGAGAACAGAGGUUCAGACAUCAAUAUCACCUGAGGGCAGUGAUGACAUGGUCACAGCACUACCGGAAACAACAGAUGUUCAGACAUCAACACGGUUGUCAUGGAGCUGCCGGCCAUGUAGUUUGGUGUCUAGCUGGUUAUCCAAGUUGCGCAGACGCCGACUUGAUAAUGAUGGUGUUGAGUUUCCUGUAGGGAUUGGGAGCAUGACGGCCUUGCAUACUAUUGGUGUUGUCAAUGUCAAUAUUCCAAAUGGAAAGGCAAUCCUAAAGGAGCUUAAGAACCUUACACAACUACGCAAGCUCAGCGUGUCUGGCAUAAACAGGCAAAACAUACAAGAAUUGUGUAAUUUCAUCUCCGGCCACAAGCAUCUGGAGUCCUUGUCAUUGCGACUCGAUAAGGAUAAGGAUAAGGAUGAGGGGUUACUUGCUUGUUUCGGUGACAUGAUUUCCCAGCCACCCAAGACCCUAAAGAGCCUCAAGCUGUACGGGCAUGUAAACAAACUGCCAAUUUGGAUCAAACAGCUUAAUAAUCUCGAGAAGUUACAUCUUGAGUUGACCAUACUAGUGCCAGAGGACAUGCACUUCCUUGGUGGAUUACCAGAUAGAUAUUGCUUACGUGGCCUUUGUGUCAAGCCAAUUCAAGAUGGCGAACUCAAUUUUGGCACCCUGGGUAAUGUUAUCUUUUCGAGAUUACGGGUCCUAGAGAUCGAUUGCACCUCCAAGUUACACGUAACUUUUGUAGAGAGGGUGUUUCGGGAAGCUGAGGUGCUAAAGAUUCACUGCUCUGAUGGGGCGUCUUUGCGGAUUUCUGGGCUAGAGCAUAUGAGUGAUCUCAAAGAAGUGUGGCUGAAGGGUUCGUAUGGUGACGAACUCAAGCAAGAGUUGCAACAGCAACUUUCCGUGCAUAAAAGAAAACCCGUCCUGAAGCUAGUGCAGCGACGCUCGUCCUGAUAGGCUCUCUCUCUCUCUCUCUCUAUUCAUUUGUUAUUUCUGUACUUGUAAGUUGUAACAAGUCCUGUAGAAAGGAAUACAGUUCUGCAUUGCGCAUCGACGGUGCACUCUGCAUGCAAACUUCUGACAAAGAAACUGCCCUUGUGAUGUAUUUAUUUCA